AUGGCUCCAAAGUCAGUACGGAUAUCUUGUAUUUUAAGGUUGCUCACUCUUGGGGCUUUAGUUGCUUCAAUUGUUGUGCUGGUCACCAACAAAUUUACUUCUGUUAAUGGCGGAAAAACCAGUUUCAAGGACAUCAUUGCCUACAGGUAUGUUCUUGCAACGGCUUGUGUUGGAUCACUGUAUAUGACAAUUCAGAUACCAUUUGGAGUAUACUAUUCAUUCAAGGGUAAAAGGUUGAUCCGAAAUGAUUUCCUGCCAAAUCUUGAUUUCUUUGGUGACAAGAUAGUUGCAUUCCUAUUGGCUACUGGUGUAGGAGCUGGUUUUGCAGUUUCAUUCGAGUUAAAGAGAAUAGUUAAAGAAGUCCUCAGAAAAUUCGCAGCUAGCCCUUUAAUUCAAGAACAGGAAUCGAAGAGCUUGAAGUUCCUUGACAGAGCUAACAUUGCCACAGGCCUCUUGUUCCUUGGAUUUUUUUGCGUGGCAAUACUUUCUGUAUUAUCAUCCAUCAACAGAACCAGUUCAAGCAAGGGUUUCUUCCUCGGGUGA